UAUCGAGAACUGUUCGCGGGACAUAUGCAUUUAGAAACGUGCUGUGAAAAUCAAAUACAUCAAUUGUCUGCGAUAGACGUGUAACUAAUUCUCUCUAUAUCAAAAUUAGUUCAUUUAAACGUAAUAGGAUAUUAAGAAAAGUGAAACAAAACGCAGUAUUAUUGGAUACAACUUUGUUUAUUUGUAGACAGAGUAACAGACGUUUAAAAAAUUGUGAAAAAAUAGUGUAAAGCCAUGAAAAAACGGUAAUAAUAGUUAUAAUUGCGAGAAAACUGUUAGUGAAGAUGAAGAUCUUACGAAAGCAUCUAUUACUUUGUACCCUAAUCACAUUACUCAGUGGGACCGUAGCAGAUAAGUCUCCCUUUCAUGAUGAUAUACUUACGCAAAAUGGAGUUGUCUCACCAAAUGACGACUCCAUCGAUUACAGAUUACCAACAAAUGUUAAACCCACUUUGUAUGAGAUCAUGUUGGUUCCUUACUUAAAAGAGGGCAAUUUUACGGGCAUCGAAAAAAUUGAAGUUACUGUAACGAAAGAAACCGACACUAUUACGUUACACGUAGGAAAUAUCGAAAUCGAAUCAGUAACUGUUGUGGAGUUACCAAAUAAAGAAUUGAUUGAUGACAUUUCAGUUAAAAGCGAUUUAAUUACUGAAAAAUACAAUAUUAAAGUCCCGAACAUCCUCAAACCGGAUACGCAGCUACUAAUUAGCUUUAUGUACAAAGGUAUCUUGUCCGACAACAUGAUUGGAUUUUAUAGAAGUUCUUACAUUGAAAACGGAGAAACUAAAUGGUUAGCUGCGACACAGUUUCAAACGACACACGCGAGACAUGCCUUCCCAUGUUUCGAUGAACCAAGUUUUAAGGCAAAAUUCAAAAUCCGUAUAGCAAGAGACGAGGAUUUUGAAACUCUCAGUAAUAUGAAGUUGGAAGAGUCUAAACAGCUGAAACCGGGAGGCAAAAUUUGGGAUGUUUACGAACAAAGCUUGGAAAUGUCCACCUACUUAGUGGCCUUUGUCAUUUCACAAUUCAAAAAUCUUAAAAACAGUACUCCUAGUUUAGACUUUAAAGCAUGGUCUAAACCAUCCACUUACAAACAGGCUGAUUACGCUUUGACAACCGGCGUAAAAAUUCUCCAACAUUUUGCAACAAAAUUCGAAUCCGAAUAUCAACUUCCUAAAAUGGAUAUGGUAGCCGUACCUGACUUCGCAGCCGGCGCCAUGGAAAAUUGGGGAUUGGUGACAUAUCGCGAGAGUCGAAUGCUGUAUGACGAGAAAGAAUCAUCGGCGGCAGCGCAGCAGAGUGUGGCUUCCGUGGUUGCUCACGAACUUUCGCACAUGUGGUUUGGGAAUUUGGUGACGCCAGAAUGGUGGAGUUACCUGUGGCUUAGCGAAGGGUUCGCCAGAUACUUUCAAUACUUCGGUACUGCACAGAUUGAAUCAUCAUGGGACAUGGAUAAACAAUUCGUAGUGGAGCAACAUCAAACUGCAUUAAUUGCGGACGGUCUUGAAACUUCUCUUCCGAUGAGUCGAGAGGUUAAAAAUAAAGAGCAAAUUGCAGGAAUAGGAGAUACUAUUACUUAUAACAAAGGCGCUAGUAUUAUUCGUAUGAUGAGCUACUUACUAGGAGACAAAAUUUUUGAAGAAUCAUUAAAACUUUAUCUAAAAAACAACAAAGACGAAGGAUUGGGCAAUCCGGAUAAAUUAUGGAAUGCAGUACAGGAAGCAAACAAAGAUUCAGUAUUAAAAGAGUUAAAUAUAAAAAAAAUAAUGGAAUCUUGGACUAAAAAAGCCGGAUACCCCGUUGUAUCAAUCGCCGUUAAUAAUGAUGGUACAAUGAAUGUUACUCAAGAACGUUUUCUUCUGAGAAACUUGGAAGAAACUCCUCAGGAUAUCACUUGGUCUAUUCCGCUCACAUACGGACAAAAACAAUCAGACCUCGAUAAUGUGAUUUUUAAAUACUUACUAGAAACCAAAGAAGUCACAAUAAAUCAAAAAAUUAACAAGGAGCAGUGGAUCAUAUUUAAUGUUCAUUCAUCAGGUUUUUAUCGAGUAAAUUAUGAUCUCCCCGGAUGGCAGAAAAUUUUGAGUGUGUUAAAAGAGGGCGACAUAACUGAUAUUAAUGUAUUAAAUAGAGCUAGCAUUAUAGAUGAUCUGUUAAAUCUGGGUAGGGCAGGGUAUCUAAAUUACGAUAUAAUUUUGGACGGAUUGCUUUAUCUUAAAAGAGAAAGGGAUUAUUUACCCUUUAAAGCAGCAUUUAAUGGUUUGGAAUAUCUAAAUAGGCGAUUUUCGGGACAUGCGGAGCACACCUUAUUUAAGACGUAUGUCUUGUCUCUUCUCGGUAAUGUAAACAGCCAAUUAGGAUAUGAGGAGCCAACUACUGAAGAUAGUAGAUUAAAGACUCUAUUACGACGAGAGAUGAAUAACUGGCUCUGUAAUUUCAAUGAUGAGGAAUGUAUAAAUAUUUUUAAAACUAAAUUUGAUGUGUGGAGAAAAGAUAAAAAAAAAAGAAUUAACCCGAACGAAAGGCCUAUAGCCUAUUGCACAGCCAUAAGACAUGGAACAACUGAAGACUGGAAUGAUUUAUGGAAGGAGUACUCUGAAUCCAUUUAUGCAGCCGAUCAAGCAAUGAUCCUAAACGCUUUGGGAUGCAGUAACGAUACUAAUAUCUUAGAAAAAUAUCUGAAAGCUGCUAUUAGUAGUUAUACAGACGGUGGAAUUCGUAAACAGGAUAGUACAAGUGUCUUCGCCGCCGUUUAUAACUCUGGUCUAUAUGGUGCUGAAUUCAUCCUUGAUUUUGUUGACAAGUAUCACAAAGAAAUGGAGGAAUACUACGGAGGUCAGGCUACAAUAGCUACAAUCCUCGAUGGAGCAUCGCAGCACUUCUCUACUAUCGAAUCAGUGGACAAAUUCAAAAAACUCAUAGAAGACCACAAUGCAGAUUUUAAGUCGAUCCAAAAAUCUCUGGACUAUUCUUUAAAGGUCGCUCAAUAUGAAUUGAAUUGGUAUACCAAUUUUUCGACAUCUAUAAUUCAGUGGCUAAAGGAACGUGAAAAGCUCACGUAUCGCCUACCUUUGGAUAUAACUCCUGAAAAAUACCAUAUUUCCCUUACACCUGAUUUGUCCGAAGAUUUUCAUUUCGACGGAAAGGUGACAAUUGAAGCCAAAGUUCAGACACCGACAAGUCAGAUCAUUUUGCACUCAUCUAAUAUUGAAUAUAAAGAUGAACAUAGGCUGAAAGUGGUUAAGGAAGUAGGAUCCGGUCAGGAAGAAGUGAAGAUCCUAAAAAAAGAGAUCCAAAAGCAAUACGACUUCUUUGUGAUAUAUGUCAAAGAUGAACUAUCCGCUGGCUCAAGUUUGACCAUCGAAAUCGAAUACACGGGUAGCUUGAAUACGUCAGAUCUUCAUGGCUUCUACAAAAGCUCUUACAUGGACGAGGAAGGACAACAAAAAUGGCUUGCCGCCUCGCACUUGGAACCCGUUGGUGCCAGAAAAAUGUUCCCUUGCUUCGAUGAACCAGAACUGAAAGCAAGUUUCACUAUUGAAGUUAAUGUGCCAUCAGAUUAUGUAAAUUACGCUGCCAUCAGUAAUAUGGAUAUUGUAACGCCUCCCAAAAAAAAUGAAAAUUAUGUAACAUACACCUUCGAAGAAUCAAAACAGAUGUCGACAUAUCUAGUGGCAGUUAUCGUUUCCAAUUUUGAAUAUCAUUCUGAUGAAACAAAUAAAGUACGUGUAUAUGCACGUCCUAACGCCAUCGAUCAAACCGAUUAUGCUCUAUCCGUAAUUCCUGAUUUGAAGACCUUCUUCGAAAAGACGUACAAGCAAGAUUAUCCAAUUUCAAAGCUCGCUAUGGCUGCAUUGCCCGAUUUCUCAGCAGGCGCAAUGGAGAAUUGGGGUCUUUUAACGUACAGGGAAACGAGUAUGUUAUAUGACGAGUUGAAUUCAUCCAUCAUAAACAGGCAGGAUAUCAGAAACGUGAUUGCUCACGAAAUCUCCCAUCAAUGGUUCGGAAAUUUGGUCAGUCCUAAGUGGUGGAAGUAUGUAUGGUUGAACGAGGGAUUUGCUAGAUACUUCGAAUAUCACGCCCCAGCUCGUAUAGAUGAAGACAAGACAUUAGAAUGGCAAUUCGUGGUGGACCAAGUACACUCUGCUUUCAGUGCAGAUAGUUCCAAAUCUACACAUCCUAUGACUUACGAUGUAACAACUCCUCGUGAAAUUCAAGAUAUAUUCGACACAAUUAAUUAUGCUAAAGCUGGUAGUAUAUUAAGAAUGGUGGAAAAAACAUAUGGAAGAACAGUGUUCGAUGAGGCAUUAGCCGACUAUCUUGAAGAACGGAAAUACCAAUCUGCUACUCCAGAAAAUUUGUAUGUAUCGCUUCAAAAAAAAAUAAAUAAUGGAGAAGACGACAUCAAAACCACUUUAGACACAUGGACAACUAAACCUGGCUACCCUGUUGUUAGUGUCAAUGUUACAAAAGAUGGUAUAUUUUUAGAACAAAAACGUUUCUUCCUUAAAGAUUAUAAAAAUACUUCUGACGAUACUACGUGGCAUAUUCCAAUCACAUAUACAUCAAUUCAAAGUGAUUCAGACUUUGAUAAUACCAAACCCAAAUUAUGGUUGAGAGAAAACAAUACAAAAAUAGACCCAACAACUUCAACUUUAAUAUUCAACAUUCAGCAAUCAGGUUAUUAUCGUGUAAAUUAUGAUGAAGAACAUUGGAUGAAGCUGAUUAAUUAUCUUAACAAUGAGAAAUUUGAAACAAUUCACGAAACCAAUCGCGCAGGAUUAAUUGAUGAUCUUAUGAAUCUUGCAAGAGCAGGCUACAUUAAUUACAACAUUGCUAUAAGAGCUACAAUGUAUUUGGAAAAAGAAGAUAGUUACUUCCCCUGGCGUGCGUUCUUUAAUAAUCUGCUUUAUUUAAACAAGCGUUUUGUGGGAACCGAUAGUGAAGGCUUAUAUACAAAAUGGUUAACAACGUUAAUAGAACCACUUUACAAACGGCUAGGGUUUGAGGAUCCAGACGCGAAUGAACUCCAUGUGAAAAAAAUACUUAGAAUACACACACGCAAUUGGGCCUGUAAAUUAAGCAUAGGAGACUGUAAAUACAAAGCUGCAUCAUAUUUCCAAGACAAACAACAUAAUGAACAUGUACCGCCAAAUUACCGUGAUGUCGUCUAUUGUACAACCAUGAGAAUAGAUAAGACGGAAAAGAAUUACAAUUAUCUCUGGAAUGAAUACGUAAAAAGUAGUUUUACCACGGAAAAACUUGUAAUUCUUAAGUCAUUGGCUUGUUCAGGAAACAGAAAUGUUUUACUUAAGUUAUUGAAAGAAGCGGUCAAAGAUAAUUCAGAAAUACGGUACCAAGAUAGUGCAAAAGUUUUCUCAAAUGUUUACGAUGCAAGUUUAAUUGGCGUGGAUGCUGUCAUGGAUGUGAUUAAAUCGGAUUAUGAUAAUAUAUUGCACCGAUAUUCUAAUGAUACUACAAACAUCGCAAAUAUCGUGAGCGCUUUGGCAAGCAGAUUAUCUACUGAUGAUCUCUACAAGAAGUAUAUGGACUUACUCGACUGGUUAGUUACCAAAGAACCGGCAUUCAAAAACUCUGUCGAGUCCUAUAAGGCAGCAGCCAAUUAUGAACGUAAUUGGUACGAUGAAAACGAGCCAAUAAUAUCUGAAGUUUUGGAGAAUAUAUUUCCAAGCAACAGCUACCGCUUACCGAAGUCGCUUGAUCCAAAUUUGUACAAUGUAUAUCUCACACCUGACAUGGAAAAAGGAGUCUUUGAAGGAGAAGUGAAAAUAAACAUGAGAGUUCAAGAAGAUACUUCAUUGAUAGUUCUUAAUUCUCACGAACUUAAUAUUAAAAACAUUGAAGUCUUCAGAAAUGACGAACAAAUAAAUUUGCUGAAAAAAAUAGUGCCAAUUUCGCAACAAUUAAGAAUACGUUUAUCUAAGCGUGUACAUAAGAAUGAAAUAAUAAUAGCGAGUAUUCAGUUUACCGGAACUCUUAAUGACAAUAUGAAUGGAUUCUAUCGUAGUUCGUAUUUCGACAAAAACGGAUGGCAACAUUGGUUGGCUACAACGCAGUUUGAGCCUACGCAUGCUAGAAAAGCUUUUCCCUGCUUCGACGAACCAAGUUUUAAAUCGAAAUUUCAAAUUAACAUUCAACGGCCAAUCCAUUACAACUCGCUAAGUAAUAUGCCAAUCAAAAUAGAAAAAGAUAGUUUAAAGGGUGAAAAUUAUAAGUGGGACAUAUUCCACGAGACCAAUGUCAAAAUGUCGACGUAUCUGGUAGCUUUCGUUGUUUCCGAAUUUAAACCUGCAGUUAAUCCUAAUGCUAACGAACUCAACGUAUGGGGCAGACCAAGCGUUGCAAAAUAUGGCAAAUUUGCUCAAAAUAUUAGCCGUGCACUUCUCAAGGAGUUGGAGAAGUUUACGGACAUCGAAUUUCCUUUAUUUAAGUUGGAUUUGGUGGGAAUUCCAGAUUUCUCUAAUGGCGCAAUGGAAAACUUUGGCCUUGCUACUUUUCGUGAAUACGGACUCUUCAAAAACGGGAAAGAAAUUACAGCCACGCAAGAAAAAUACAUAAUCAGAAUAAUAGCACAUGAACUUACUCACAUGUGGUUCGGAAAUCUCGUUACUUGCGAAUGGUGGGAUUACAUUUGGCUUAAUGAAGGUUUUGCUGAAUAUUUCGAAUGGUUUAUAUCAGAUCAAAUGAUGCAAUCAAUUCAUGAAGACUAUCAAUUCAUGGAUCAAUUCGUGGUCUACGAGCUGCAGCCUGCUUUGUCGAAAGAUGCUUCGAUUUCGGUACACCCAAUGACAAACCCCGUCCAAACACCGGAAGAAAUAGCUGGUAUCUUUGACUAUGUCACUUACGGAAAAUCUGCCAGUGUUUUACGAAUGUUGUUCAAUGCAAUCGAUGAAAAAGUUUACAAACCAGCACUCCGUGAUUAUUUAAAAAGACUAAAGUUUAGUACGGCACGUCCUGAGGAUUUGUGGGAAAGCUUCCAAUCGUUAGCAUCGAUUCCGAUUAACAACAAGAGAAACGUAAGCUUUGAGGAAGUCAUGAAAACUUGGACGGAUCAACCGGGAUAUCCUGUCGUCCAUGCUACAUUAAAUAACGACAUAUUAAGGCUUACUCAGGAACGGUUCUUCAUAGACAGAAAUUUCUCUAGCAAAGAGUUUUACUGGAUACCUAUUGAUAUAUUCGUUUCAACCAACUUGUAUAAUAAUGUCUAUAAACAGCUAGAAUCACAAUUUCAGAGCACAUUUGACGGUGUAUCUGUCAAUCAACGCCUGUGGCUAGGACCAGAACCUCUGGAAAUAUUUAUUAAUCCUCUUAACGACUGGUACGUCGUGAAUUACAAACAAACUGGCUUCUACCGUGUUAAUUACGACACUUCCUCAUGGAAAACAUUAAUCAACAAGCUGAAUAAUAAAGGAUUCGAAGUUAUCAAUGUCUUGAAUCGUGCCCAAAUUAUAGACGAUCUUUUUAAUUUGGCUCGCUCUAAUUAUGUUGAUUACGACUUAUUAAUGAGCGCAACGACAUAUUUGGAACAAGAGACACAUCAUUUACCUUGGAAGGCAUUCUUUAACGGUCUAUCAUACAUGUAUUCAAUACUUGAAGAGGAAAGUUAUCAGCAGGAUCUAAAAGACUACGUUUUGAGAUUAAUAUCUAAGAUGUAUGACAAAGUAGGAUUCGAUGAACGCGAUAACGAAACACAUUUAGACAAGUUAAACCGGGAAAUGAUUCUUCAAUGGGCUUGCAAGUUAGAUAAACAAGAGUGUAUCAAAAAAUCUGAAGAUCUAUAUGCUGCUUGGCAAAAGAAUAGUUCCGAAAGAAUUCCACCUAAUGCACAACCAGCCGUUUAUUGCGCCGCAUUAAAAAAAGGAAACGAAGAUGGUUGGAAUUUCCUGUGGGAUCAAUAUGAAAAGUCAAACUUUGCAACUGAGCAAAACGUCAUUUUAACUGCACUUGGAUGCCCAAAAAAUAAGACGAUACUCCAAAAAUAUUUAGGAAAAGCUCUCAAACCUGGCAUUCGCCGACAAGAUGUUUCAGCGGUGUUUGCUUCCGUAUACAGUCAAAGUUCAAUAGGAGUAAAUGCUACUCUUGACUUUUUAAUAACAAAUUCCGAGGCGAUAUAUCAGUAUUUCGGAAACUGGAAUGACGUCGCAGACUUAUUUGUCAGUGUGGCAUCGUACAUAUCGAACAACGAUCAAAAACAAAACUUAAAUGAUUUCAUCGAACGUAGUAUAACACGAUAUCCUCCAAUCGUCAGAGAGAAAUUACGUUCAUCUCUCAGCACUGCGGAAACCAACUUGUUAUGGCAAAAAACACAUAGCCAAAGAAUUGGAAAUUGGGUAGUAAGUGUAAUGAAGCGUCCAGCAACACAAGGUGACAGUUCUACAAGGAUAGAAUCACUGAACAUCGUUUCUAUGAUUUUCAUUGCUUUAGUAUCAUAUCUUUUAAGCUACUACUAAAAAACUAAGUUGAAUGGAAGAUGAUUAUUAAGAUUAUUGUUCAUAUUUUUCUUAUGCAAAAUGUAAAAAUAAUGUAUUAUUGAUUUGUGUUUUUUUAUUUAGCCAUUUUUUUUAUCUUUAGUUAAAAACAAAGAAGUUAUAUUUUCUUUAGAUUGUGUAUUAUAAUAAUGUAUUUAAAGCAAAGAAUUGUAUCUUUAAUCGAGCUUUGUAAUUAGGCAAAUAAAAUAAAAAUAUGAUAUAUUGUAUAA